UAUGGGAAUACACGGGAACCUCUUUUAGAAAACCUGACAAGCGAAUAUGACUUGGAUCUUUUCCAAAGAGCACAAGCCCAGGCUUCAGAGGAUUUGGAGAAGUUAAGGCUGCAAGGCCAAAUCACAGAGGGAAGCAACAUGAUUAAAGCAAUUGCUUUCGGCCACUAUGACCUUGAUACCUGGUAUCAUUCUCCAUAUCCUGAAGAAUAUGCACGGCUGGGACGUCUCUAUAUGUGUGAAUUCUGCUUAAAAUAUAUGAAGAGCCAAACGAUACUCCACCGGCACAUGGCCAAAUGUGUGUGGAAACACCCACCUGGUGAUGAGAUAUAUCGCAAAGGUUCAAUCUCUGUGUUUGAAGUGGAUGGCAAGAAAAACAAGAUCUACUGCCAAAACCUGUGUCUGUUGGCCAAACUUUUUCUGGACCACAAGACAUUAUAUUAUGAUGUGGAGCCCUUCCUGCUCUAUGUUAUGACAGAGGUGGACAACACUGGCUGUCACCUGACUGGAUAUUUUUCCAAGGAAAAGAAUUCAUUCCUCAACUGCAACGUAUCCUGUAUCCUUACUAUGCCUCAGUACAUGAGACAGGGCUAUGGCAAGAUGCUUAUUGAUUUCAGUUAUUUGCUUUCCAAAGUUGAAGAAAAAGUUGGCUCCCCAGAACAUCCAUUCUUAGAUCUGGGGCUUAUAAGCUAUCGCAAUUACUGGAAAGAAGUACUUCUCCACUACCUGCAUAAUUUCCAAGGCAAAGAGAUUUCUAUCAAAGAAAUCAGUCAGGAGACGGCUAUGAAUGCUGUGGACAUUGUCAGCACUCUGCAAGCCCUUCAGAUACUCAAGUACUGUAAGGGAAAACACCUAGUUUUAAAGAGACAGGACCUGAUUGAUGAGUGGAUAGCCAAAGAGGCCAAAAGGUCCAACUCCAAUAAAACCAUGGAUCCCAGCUGCUUAAAAUGGACCCCUCCCAAGGGCACUGAAAGUGACCUGUCAUUCCAAGCCAGCGAACCCCAGCAGUAGGAAUCCGUACCCUAGGGAUCUGUCUGUCAUUUCUGUUGCUCUUGUGAUUGGCAAGUACAGUAUCCCUUGGGAAGGCCAGGCCCCUCAGGACUGUCCUGGCUCCGACCUUUGUGUACACUGCAGAUGUUGGUUCUGAGGAACUGUUGUUUCGGCCUCAGUGAGGUUGCCUGGAUAGGAUCUGUAUUAGACUUGAGUGCAGGUCUCUCAGCACUGACCGAGGGAGUUCUGUUAUGGUACUGUACCUGUCCAGUCACUGGUUCUCUCCUCAUGUCCUCUCGCUCCAUGAGGUUGUGUUGUGUCUUCUAAGCGUGGUACUAGUGCUUGCCACCUGGUCACCAGACCUCCAAAUAUGGCUGCCACCACCAGGACCUUUCCAGUUACUCCUUAUAUGCGUGUUAAAUGGAGAGGCAGGGAAGAGGUGGCACUUGUGAGUGUGUGUGGAUUGGCAGGGGGUCCAUUCACUUUGGAUUCCAUCUUGCUUUAAAUUUCUUUCCUUAAUUUUGAUUAAGAGACCUCUUUUUGAUCUGUAUUGGGCUAGCCAGAGCCAAAUACUUUUGAAGAGUUUCCCAGGGACUAGUCAUGGUAAUAGCAUACAAUUGAUCUGAAUGAGAUGGAGAGAAGAAUGAAGAGGUGGUGGUUCUGAGUUUGAUUUGAGUUCACCUGUGGGCAGUGGGCAGUGUCUUGGUGAAAGGGAGCGGAUACUACUUUUUGCCUCACCAUAAAGUACUCACUAGUAAAUAUUUCCUUCUCUCUUUACUCCCACUUUUUACGUUUGCAGGUGCCAAAGUAAUGUCCACUUCUCCCUUUCAUGCUGCAUGUUAACUGGUUAAUUAUACUGCAGAAACCUUUUCACCUCCGCUAGUCUGAUACAGUACAUCUGUACUUCCAUAUACCUUGCACUGAUUUUGUCUGAAUGCCCUGGGAGAAGUUGAAAAUGAUUGAAAGUGACUUCCGUAUCUCAGCCCAUGACUCAGCAAGGCAGAAUGGCCACCCUUGCCAAGGUUUGCUUCUCUUUUCAACAGUGCCUCACCCUCCCUCUAGGAUUAAAGUGCUUCUGCCCUUCCACGAACUCCUCCUCCAUUUCCUUUUUGGGAUUUGUCACCAUCCUUCUAUUCUCUGGUCUUCUAUUUUUGGUGUUGUUCAAGUGAAGGAAGAGAUGUUCUCUCUAAUUUCUCUCUAGCCCAUUAUAACCUGCUAUCUUCGGGCAACUUUUGAUGUAUGACAUGUCACCCUUCCCAACUUGGUCUCCUCCAACAUGCUGUCUUCAUGUGGAGCCCUCACCACAAUCCCUGACUCCCGUCAUUUGUGCCUUUCUCUUGUCAUCUCUGUACACUACUUAUAUUCACUGUGGGUUGGGGGAGCUAAUUUUAAGCAUGUUCAGUGGCAGCUCCCUCCAGUUUCAGUGUCACUGUUAAAAUUUAUCCAAAAGCAACUUCACUAGGGGUUUUCUUAAGGGAGAAAGGCCUUUUACAGAAGCUAAACCCUUCCUCACAUGUGGUAGAAUGUGCUCUUCUAUAUCUACUCCUCAAUAAAGCAUGCUCUCUGCUAAAAAAAAAAAAAAA